CCAUCUCCACACAGAAAAGAGAGUAAGAUGGAGAAAGUGCUGCCUCUGGAAACUUUGAAGCUUUUCUCUGCCAGGGAGCCAUGGAGAGGGGCCUUUCCCCCUACUCCCAAGCCCAUCAUUCCCUUCCUCUCCCUUCCCCUCAGACGCGCUCCUCUUUCCCGCUCUUUCUGGCAUGCUGGCACUUUGCCCCUAAUCCACCAGGGGGCGCCCUCUGCUAAGAGACGGUAACGUCACGCGCUUCCCCAUUGGUCCACUGGAGGGUGAAGGUCACAGCCGCCUUUCCAGAGGAGACUAGGAAGGAAAUGACAUCACGAACGCUUGCCGCUCUAGGACGCCGCACUCGCUCUGCUUAACCCCUGGGGCUCCGCAAGAGGCGAAGAGGCUGCGGGAGAGUCUGGCGGGGGGAGAUCCAGACGUUCUCCCGAUACAAAAACUUGGAGCCAUUUGGAGUUGCUCUGCAGGAGAGAGAAAGGAUGGAGACACAACCUUUGGGAAAGGAGGGAGCCGGAAAAGGCCCUUCAGCUGCUCAGCCUGGGAAGGGGGGGAAGCUCUGGACAAGAACUGGGCAGAAGAUCCUGGAGGAGGAAACCAUCCUCCCUUCAGAAGUUCAGCCCUGGAGCUUCAUCCAAUAUCGGGAGGCUGAGGGUCCCCGAGGACUUUGCAACCGACUCCAUGACUUUUGCAGGCGAUGGCUGAGACCAGAAAAGCACACCAAAGCCCAGAUGCUGGACCUGGUGGUUCUGCAGCAGCUCCUGGCUCUCCUGCCCCCAGAGAUGGAGAGCUGGGUGCGGGAAUGUGAAGCAGAGACCAGCUCCCAGGCGGUGGCCCUGGCUGAAGGCUUCCUCCUGAGCCAGGUGGAAGAGCAGAAGGAGCAGUGCUGCACUGUGGAGAUCAGAGAUCUUGAAGGAAAGAAGAAACCAUCAAACUCCCCUCAGGAGCUAUUUUUCAGGAGGAUCCCUUGGGAGGAUCAAAGUCAGGAGGAUCAAAGUCAGGAUUAUCUUCAGAUAAUCGCCCAGGGACCCUCUUUAGAGAAACAAAGAAUGAAAUUUUCUGAUUUUUAUGGUGGCGAUCGAACAGCGGUUGAACCCCUAAAUCAAGAGAGUCUGGUGUCCUUUGAGGAGGUGGCUGUGUAUUUCUCUGAGGAGGAAUGGUGUCAGCUGGAUCCUGACCAAAAAGCGCUGCAUUUGGAAGUCAUGCUUGAAAACCUUCGGAACGUGGUCUCUCUGGGUAAUAAUGGUCAGGAGAAUCAAGAUUGCUGUGAACUGUUCCAAGUGAUAAAUGCUAAAGAUGGAAUGGGAAAAUUUGGAAUUCAAAUGGAAUUAAAAACCCAUGAUAGAAAUAAUUCAAAUGAUUGGAAUCAGGAAAGCUCAUCUUCCACCGAUGCUCCGAUGCAAGACUUUCUUGCCCAACAGGAAAAAAUAAGGAAAAAAUAUAUUGGGAAAAGUUUGAAGCCAAUCAAAGGUAAAUUACAAAUAAAAGAAAACAAAGGAGAAGAUUGUAUAAGACAAAGUUACAAUGGGACAUUCAUUCCUUCUCUUGGAAAUAAGUUCCUUACAUCUCGAAAAGUGAUUGACGCGAAAGAGAAGUCUUACAAAUGUUUGGAAUGUGGAAAAUGUUUUAGAACAAGCAGGCAACUGACUUCCCAUGAAAGGAUUCAAACUGAGGAGAAGCUAUACAAAUGCAGAGAGUCUGGUAACAGGUUCAGAAGUUGUAGUAAUCUUAUUUCCCAUAAAAAGAUCCACACAGGGGAGAAGCCGUACAAAUGCAUGGAAUGUGGAAAGACCUUUGCUCAAAGAGGUAAUCUUAUUUCCCAUAAGAGGAUCCACACAGGGGAGAAGCCGUACAAAUGCAUGGAGUGUGGAAAGACCUUUGCUCAAAGAGGUAAUCUUAUUUCCCAUAAGAGGAUCCACACAGGGGAGAAGCCGUAUAAAUGCAUGGAGUGUGGAAAGACCUUUGCUCAAGGAAGUCAUCUUAUUCGUCAUAAAACGAUCCACACAGGGGAGAAGCCGUACAAAUGCAUGGAGUGUGGAGGGACCUUUGCUGAAAGAGGUAAUCUUAUUCGGCAUAUGAGGAUCCACACAGGGGAGAAGCCGUACAAAUGCAUGGAGUGUGGGAAAAUGUUUUCGCAUAGCAGUGGACUCAGUAACCACAAUAAGCUCCACACAAGAGAAAAGUACUAUAAAUGCAUGGAGUGUGGAAAGGCCUUUGUUCACAGCAGUGGACUUACUAAUCACAAAAGGUUCCAUACAGGGGAAAAGCCGUAUAAAUGCAUGGAAUGUGGAAAGACCUUUGCUCAAAGAAGGGAUCUUAUUCGCCAUAAGAGGAUCCACACAGGGGAGAAGCCGUAUAAAUGUAUGGAGUGUGGAAAGACCUUUGCUUAUAGUAAUGUACUCACUAUUCACAAAAAGAUCCACACAGGGGAAAAGCCAUUUAAAUGCAUGGAGUGUGGAAGGACCUUUGUUCAAAGAGGUCAUCUUAUUCGCCAUAAGGUGAUCCACACAGGGGAGAAGCCAUAUAAAUGCAUGGAGUGUGGAAAGACCUUUGCUCAAAGAGAUCAUCUUAUUCGCCAUAUGAGGAUCCACACAGGGGAGAAGCCGUAUAAAUGUGUGGAGUGUGGGAAAACGUUUACACAUAGCAGUGGACUCAAUAACCACAAUAAGCUCCACACAAGAGAAAAGUCCUAUAAAUGCAUGGAGUGUGGAAAGACCUUUCCUCAAAGAGGUCAUCUUAUUUCCCAUAAGAGGAUCCACACAGGGGAGAAGCCGUAUAAAUGCAUGGAGUGUGGAAAGACCUUUGCUUUUAGUAACGUACUUACUAUCCACAAAAUGAUCCACAGAGGGAAAAAACCAUUUAAAUGCAUGGAAUGUGGAAAGACCUUUCCUCAAAGAUGUCAUCUUAUUUCCCAUAAGAGGAUCCACACAGGGGAAAAACCAUUUAAAUGCAUGGAGUGUGGAAAGACCUUUGCUCAAAGAGGUCAUCUUAUUCGUCAUAAGAUGAUCCACACAGGGGAAAAGCUGUAUAAAUGCAUGGAGUGUGGGAAGACAUUUAGACGUAGCAGUGGACUCAGUAACCACAAAAUGAUCCACAUGGGAAAAGCCAUUUAAAUGCAUGGAGUAUGGAAAGACCUUUGCUUAUAGUAAUGUAUUUACUAUCCACAGAAUGAUCCACAUGGGAAAAACCAUUUAAAUGCAUGGAGUGUGGAAAGAUGUUUGCUCAAAGAGGUCACCUUACUUCCCAUAAGAAGAUACACACAGGGGAGAAGCCGUCUAAAUGCAUGGAGUGUGGGAAAACGUUUACGCAUAGCAGUGGACUCAGUAACCAUAAUAAGCUCUACAUAAGAGAAAAGUCCUAUAAAUGCAUGGAGUGUGGAAAGACCUUUCCUCAUAACGGUCAUCUUAUUUCCCAUAAGAUGAUCCACACAGGGGAGAAGCCAUAGAAAUGCAUGGAAUGUGGAAAGAGCUUUCCUCAGAAAGUUAAUCUUCCUUCUCAUAAAUGGAUCCAUGCUAAUGAGAAACUAUAUAGGAAUAGUAAUUCCACUUAGACGUAUAUACCACUCCACAAUGCUUUACAACACUCUCUGAGCAGCAUAUGGUCUCCAGCAAUCUGGGUCCUCAUUUUACCGACCUCAGAAGGCUGAAAGGCUGAAUCAACCAUCAGUAUCUGAAUCAAACUCCUGGGUGUGGGCAAUUAGCCUGUAGUUCUCUAUUCUAGCCACAGCCCCACCAUGUCUAUAGCUUUUUAUGUAUAUGCAUAUUGUGGCUUUCUGAUCCAAAUGAGACAAGGUUGAAUCCAACAAAAUGAAAUUUAAAAUUACAAAGAUGUUGAGACUUUGGAAAAAGUGCCGAGAAGAGCAGUAGGCUGAUUAAAGUCCUGGAGACUAAAACAUAUGAAAAACGAUUGCAGGAUUUUGGUUUGGCUAGUCUAGAGAAAAGAAGGAUUGGGAGUGACAUGAUAGCAAUAUUACAGUACUUGGGAGGCUGCCACAAAGAAGUGGGGGUCAACUUAUUUUCCAAAACACCAGAGGGCAGGACAAAAAACAAUGCAUUCAAAAUAAUUGAGAGAAGCAAUUUUGAAUUAGCAAGAAUCUUCCUUACAGUAAAGACAUUUAACCAGUGGAACAGCUUUCCUUCAGACAUUGUGGUUCCUUCACGUUUUUAAGAGGAGACUGGAUAAGUCACGUGUCUGAAAUAGAUCCUGUAGGACUAUCAAUAAAUCUUGAAAUGGUCUAGACUGUAUAGAGGUAGAUUGCAAUACUUAGUACAUUGGAGAGGGUACCCUUUGUCUGAAGCUCCUUUUUUUAAAAAAUUUGCAUUUAUAUCCUGCCCUUCUCCGAAGACUCAGGACGGCUUACAAUGUGUUAAGCAAUAGUCUUCAUCCAUUUGUAUAUUAUAUACAAAGUCAACUUUAUUGCCCCCAACAAUCUGGGUCCUCAUUUUACCUACCUUAUAAAGGAUGGAAGGCUGAGUCAACCUUGGGCCUGGUGGGACUUGAACUUGAAAGUAAUUGCAAGCAGUUGUAUUAAUAACAGACAGACUUAGUCUGCUGAGCCACCAGAGGCCCUUGGGUUAAAAGUUGGAAUGUUAAGGCAGAUAGACUGAUAAAGCAAUUCCAUGUUAAAUUUCCUGAUAAGCCAAAGGGGCCCCCUGGGGGAGGGAGAAGUGGUUAGUAGUUAGGGAUGCCCUAUGCACGGUCACUCACGCUCUCGUGACGUCUCGCCUGGAUUACUGCAAUGCUCUCUACAUGGGGCUCCCCUUGAAGGGCAUCCGGAGGCUGCAGUUAGUCCAGAAUGCGGCUGCGCGGGUGAUAGCUGGAGCCCCUCGUGGCUCCCGUAUAACACCCAUCCUGCGCAGACUGCACUGGCUACCUGUGGCUUUCCGGGUGCGCUUCAAGGUUUUGGUGACCACCUUUAAAGCGCUCCAUGGCAUUGGGCCGGGUUACUUACGGGACCGCCUACUGCUAUCGAAUAUCUCUCACCGACCCGUGCGCUCUCACAGAGAGGGUCUCCUCAGGGUGCCGUCAGC